AUGUCACAAGCUGGAGAUCGUUGUUUAAAAAACUUAAGAUUCGAGAAUAAAGUUGCCGUGGUUACAGGGGGAUGUUGUGGAGUAGGUCGCGGCUGCGUCGAUGUUUUAGUCGAGGAAGGUGGAAAAGUUGCUGUGUUAGAUACAAAUGAUGAAGUAGGGAUGUCACUGACCUCAGAUAACCUGCCCGGUGAAAUAUAUUUCAUACAUUGUGAUAUGAACAAAGAAGGAGAUAUACAAAGUGCUAUUGAAAAGGUGAUAAAGAAAUAUGGUCACAUAGACUGCUUGGUAAAUAAUGUUGGAACACAUCCUGGAAGAAAUUCGAUUGACAAUCUCACCGUGCAAGGGUUUAGAGAUUUACUCGACACUAAUCUUGUCAGCUAUUUUGCAGCAAGUAAGUAUGCUUUGCUUUAUUUACGCAAGACAAAGGGUUGUAUUGUUAAUAUUGGAAGUAUUGGUUCAUCAGCAGCUGCAUUUGGGAUGCCGUCUUAUUGUGCUUCAAAGGUAGGUAUAGAUUCUUACCGCUUUCUGGAUAAAUCCUCUAAAUAUCACUACCACCGUAACGUUGGUUACAUUCCAAUAUUUGAUAUCGUGUUAUCAAAUGAUGUCCAAAAAUAG